GGAACAAAGUAAACCGGCGCUUUCGAAUCUCAUGAAUAGUCCCAAAAUCCUGUCACAUGCCGUACUCUUCAAGUUCACACGUUCCUCUACUCCCUUCAGAUGCACGCCAUAAAUUGCAGCUCAGAAAAUGCUACAAUGAUUCGGCAAAUAUGGGGAAAACAGAUAUAAGGCGGCAUGUGCGGGAUACUGAUCAUGAUACUUCUUUACGACUUGGUAUCAAACGGAGAUACAAUUCACGUGGCAACAGUAAUGCGGUCAACUAUCAUUCGGGAGAACAAAAGCGAAUAAGAAAGUCAAGCCCCGGCUAUGGCUUUCCUAGUGCAGAAAGUCAUAACUCUGAUGAAGAAUGGAAUCUGGGAAUAAACAAAACUGUCCCUCGUAAAGUAACUAGCUUAUCUAGGAAUCCUCUGUUAAGUAUUCGACCACAUGGUUACGGGAAUCGAUUUCAAGGUUACGAUCCCAAUCAAGCUACUGUACCCAACAAAUUCAAAAACUACAGGCUGGAUGUUAAUAAUGCUAAUCAAAAUAUGGAUAAUGAGCAACUUUUAAUGUUGUAUUACAGUCAUAUGUAUCAACAGUACUACCGAACUUAUACGGCGACUGCUCUCUCAUUGUCAAAUUAUCCCAAUGCUGACUUACUACCUGCUGUUGCGGCUGCAGCUGCUAACAAUUCAGGUAUUCCAUCGGAUCUAACUUCUAUAGGAUCGGUACUAUCAAGUGGUAAUAGUUUUGAUUUUUCCAAACAUAAUCGAGAUGUAAGUAUACGUGGAAGGCGUCCAAAAAAAUAUCAUAAGCAUGAGUCAUCCAAUGUUUCUUCCCAUUCACCUGAACAACGUCAACACUCACAUUCCCGUACUUUUCGAUCUAAUAGAACAAACGACUCUUCUCGUUCCUCUGUGAAAGAUACAGUUGCAAAAGGGAAAGGAUUUAGAAAAAGAGAAUCACCUAUCAAAGUAAAAAAGACAGAAUACACUUCUGAAGAAAGUGAUGACCAUUGCCCAGAUUACGUCAGUAAUGAUCAGCUUUGUAAAGGGAACUCAGCAAAUGAUGAUAAUGAAAUUCAACAGAAAUCUUCCAGACGCGUUGUUCGUAGACGCUCGACUGUUGAAACUACUACGUCAACCAGACAGAAAGAGGAGUCAGUUCAUGACGAAGAUAAUUCCAAAGUAGUAACAUCAAAUACUUCUGAGAUUGUUACUGAAUCUAAACAAUCAUUCGGAGCUAAUAAUGAAGUUAGCACCACAGAAGCAGUGUCACCGAAUGAAACUGAAUCUGUUGAAGAAGGUGAGGCUAAGGAUGAUGAUACAUAUGGUGAGGAAAGCGAAGAAAAUGAAGGCGUACUUGAAGAAUCAUCAAGCGAAAACGAAGCUGACAGCUCACGUGAAACAGUUAGCUCAAAUCAGCAAAACCAGAAAAAGGCGAAUAAUUUAUCAGAAUCAAAAUCUUCAAAGGUACAGAAAACUUCUACAUCCUCGACAUUUAGCCGAGUUGCAACAGAAGGCAAGAGACGACAUGUUGAAGUCCUGCCUACUGACACUUUACUUCCUACGUCCACUGAGUUUGAUCAUGAACGUGGACCACUUUUACCUACACCAGUGGAUGUGGAUAGACGACAUUUAAGAUUUCGUAACUCUGGUAAUGAUUUAUCAUUAUUCCCUGGUUGUGCUACAUCACCUCAUAUUCCAAAUGUCUUGGAAGCUGCUGCACUAAUGUCAGGUCUUUGUCCAUCUCUAUUUCCGUCUAUGAAUCCAUCGAAUUUGUUAAAUACUCUAAGAUGUCCUCCUGUUGAUUUCGCUCCACCAUUUUGUGAUCUAUUUAAUUUACCAAACCCAAUUGAAAUUCAGAAACAAAUAAAUAGUUUAAAGUUGAACUGCCAUCCUCCAUCUGAGUCAUCAGAACCUAAGUCUGGACGAAGUAAACAUGAGAACUCCAAAAUAAGAAGUGAUGUCAGGGAAAUUCGUUCCACGUUUAAUAAAAAUUACAACAUGAAAACUCGACAUGGUAAUGACUCGGACACUGAAAGUAAUAGUUCUUCUGGUUCAGAUUAUCAGUCUAAUGUUGUAGUACGCAAAUCUGUUAAUAGACCACUAUCUUCAGAUAGAUGUAUGUUUGAAACCCCAAAGAACAAGCAUUCAGGGAAAUUUUCAACAACACGUAAAGUGAAAGAUAAAAUGAAAAAAGAACAGGAACCAGUAUCAGACAAACAAGAAUUCUCCCGUAAAGGCAACAAAUAUAUGUCUCCUGAUGAUGCGCCUGGUCCGUCAGAUACAAAUUCUAAUAAACCAGUCUCGCGUGUUCCACGAGGUCCUAGAACACCGUCUAGUCCACCGUUAUCUUCUCAGGAUGAAGGUGAUUCUGGUGGUACAUGUUCACAUUAUGAUUUAUCCCGUGAAUCUUGCUCCAGAAGUUCUCUUAAUAAUAAAACGCGUAGACAAAAUGAGAUAACUAGUUCCAUAUCAGGUCGCUGUUUGGAUUCAUCGAAUUCAAAUGAAAAUCUAUCCGUAAGAAAACCUGUUGUGUGUACAAAUUCUCAACCGUCAAAUAACAGAUCACCGAAGACACGCUCCUCAAAGCAUAAUACUAAAAUAAUGCAUAGUCGAGAUUAUCACAGCUCCAACUGUUCCAACUCAUCCACUUCCGCAUCUUCUUCUCGGUCAAAUUCUUAUGGAGCUCCAAAUGUCUGUAAUACUUCCAAUAAAAGAAAGAGAUCUACAAAUCGACAUAUUACACAUUCCAAUGUAGGCAUGUCCUACGAAGAUAAUUCCCCCAACCAAUCAUCACAGUUUGCAAAUUUUCGUAGCGAUGAUACUGGUGAUAGCAGUGACAGUUCGGAUCAACAAAACCGUGCACUACCUGCAGCUUAUGCAAAUCCUCAUCAAACCGACCGACAUCGGUCACAUUCAUCCGGUGAUGUUGAACCUCCACCUGCUCCUUCUCCUCGUAGUUCAUCUUCUUCCACUUCAUCUUCAUCAUCCUCUCGUUCAUAUUGUCACAUUCGCUCAAGUUCAAGUAAUCUUCCAGAAAAUAACAAGAUCCAAGUAAUAUCAUCUGGUUCUUCACGUCAUUCAUCAACGUCUCAGUCACAGGACAGAGGUAGACAUAAUCAGUCGAGGUCGCGACGACAAGGUAUUAAACCGAAAUCAAAAAAACUAAAUGAUAGCAAUGAUCACAAUCGACAAACCCGCUCUUUAAAAGAAAAGAAAAAGCUGCCUGCAUCCGUGUGCCAUAGAAGUUCUGAUUCUGGUGAUGACAUCGAUGACAACAAUAGAAGAGAAAUAUCGAAUCCGGUUUAUAGUUACCGUGAUUCUUCAUCAGAUCUCAAAGAUAUCUCUUCUAAAGAGUCAUCCAUUUUGAGACGUGGUGAAGAUGGUUGUUCUGACGUUUCUGAGGAUGAGAGCUCAACACCAGGUAAUCGAAAUGUCCGUAGACAGUCCUCUCGUUCUCCAACUUCUUCUUACACUUCUUCAAGAAGUACUGAUCGCAAUGUGCCAAAUCGUAGAAAUAAAGAAAGAGUGAUAGAGAACAAAUAUAAACAUUCCAAGCGAAAGCCAUGUACUCCUGAUUCAUCAUUAUCGAAUACUCGCAAAUAUGGGCAGUCUAAAAACCGGAUUGAACGUAAUAUUGAAGAAAAACAUUUUAAUAACAACCGUAAACGUGCUUUGCUUUCUCCACCAACGAGUACAAAACUUGAAACUAAAAUAUGGAGAUCAAGAAAAGGUUAUGUCAAUGAAGUUCCCUCUUCAUCUUUACGACAUCCUCAGCUUCCAAACUCUCAUCACUCAGUGAACAAGAAAGUUUUUCAUGGGCAAGUUACUUCGAAAACAUCCAGGCGUUCGAGUUCUAUAAAAAAUCAACGAGAAGAAAGUUCUUGGUCAACAAUGGCUCAUGAACGUCAUACUCGCGAUGAUCAUUAUGUUAGUAAGUCAUUUAAAUCUGGAACUAUGCAUAUUGAUAUGACUGAUAGUUCAUCUCGAUCGAGACCACCUCGUUUUGGACAUACAACCAAUAACAAGGAUACUAAUGGUAUGCGACAAAAUUACGCCUCUAGGAAUUAUCCUGUAAAACAUUCACACAUUAAAACAGAUGUACAUGACUCAAAAUUACAUUGGUCUAAAAGUGGCAACUCGAGAAAUUUUCGCCCACCAGUUACCUCUUCGAGUCAAUCACCUAUCGGCAGAGUUGGAAAACAUGUUGGGGCAUCAAGUGAUCAUCAUCAUCACCAGAAUGCGCGUAAAAAACAAACAGAUAUUGUAUGGGAGCCUGGUCCUAAAAGUAUUAAAAAGGUGAAUAAUAACUAUUCAACUAAAGUUUCCAGUUCUAAAGCACUCUUAAAAACACCUGAAACAACUUCACGGCGUACAGAUCAUCAUCAUCAUAGUCAACAUGAGUCGUCUAGAGACUCUGAAUCUCAUAAUUCUGAUUCUUCAAGUAGCUCAUCUUUCUUCUCUUCAUCUCCAUCAAUACAAUCGACUAAGUGAAUUCUUAUUAGUUAUAUAUUGUAUGGAGGCUUUUUUUCCCCUUCGAUCUUAUAACAUGCAGUAGACUACUGUUUCAAGGAUAUGUUUUGCUGCCUAAAUGCUACACAAUUUUGUGUUUGUUUUUAAUCACAAUCAUUAUGUGGGCAAAUGAAUUAGACUGUAUAUAGCUUCCUUAAUUUCCUAAUUACGCCCACGGUAUGUAAAAUGAAAAAAUGUGAUAAGUGGGUUAGUUUGUGCAAAUAUUUUUCUGCUCCUCAGGAAACAGUGUUUUACUGAUUUUGUUCAUGUAUGCGUGAUUAUACUUGUGUGUGUGUGUGCGUUAACACGUAGUAAUGUCAACAGAUUGAUUUUGUAUUUGUCCGAACCUUGUGAAUGUACACUUGGUGUGCGUGUUUUCUUCAACUUUUCUGCGUGUGUCUAGAAAAAAAAGACUAUAUUACUACCACUAAACAAAACUAUCUUAUCGGAUCUGAUUGACGGCAGUAAUUUGGAACUUGUUGUGCAGCCUAUUCUUAUAUUAUAUUCGGUUUGGCAUAAAAUUUAUCUGCCCUAUUGCGCACCUUUAAUAUAUAUUACUUCAUCAACAAUUCAUUUGUACAUUGGUUUAACUUUUCUGAAUUUUCAAAUAACACAAUAUCCUCCUUCACUCACUUCUAUGUUUAUGAUUGGUUACGUCGAUCUCUAUCAUCACAUCACAAUGUCUAUAUAGUGUCAUUCAUUUUAUUGUUGGUAUACAUGACAGUUGAAUUUCGGAUUAAAUAUAUAUAUUUUCAACAUCAAUUUUUGUUAAAUUCACCUUCCAACUGGGGCAAAAAACAAGUUAUUCGGCCAGACCUACCAACCAAGGUCAGCCAUCAGAUUCACCCAUUUAUGAUAACACAGUUUCGUCAUCUGAUUUUAAUCAUUGUACAUCAGAUUCUACAAAUAAUUUACAGCAACAAGAAUUGUCAUCAGUAGUUCAUUCAUCACUUAAUUGUAUACAGUCAUCAAAUCGUGCGAGUUUUAAUCCGACCCCUUCUGCCUUAUCAACUGAAUUUUCUAAUUUUGUGCCAAGAAUAACUUCAAUUACUUCUGUAGAACCUUCUGUUGGUAUUGUUCAACCUGUUUGUCUACAGCAUUUAGUACCAAAUUGUUAUCUUCCUAUCGCUAUUUGCACAUCAUCUUCCAAUUUAAAAGAGAACAACACUAGGACACUAACGAAACAAACACCUGAAUACUCUUUGCAUAAUUAUUCACAAAUUAUAGAUAACCAGUUUCAUUUGUUGGAAUAUGCAUCGAACUUAUUACAUCCCUCUCAUUCAUAUUUACUAGUUGAACUGAUAAAUUUGACACUUUCUGAGCAAGAUUUUCUCUAUUUUACACAGUCAGUACAUUAUCAUGUUUUACUUAUAGUUACAGAUUGUAUAGUUUAUCAUUAUUGUAAAACAAUUAAAAAUAGUGUUCAAUCUAUUUAUUCAUCUAAUCCACUUCUAUUGUCCGAUUAUAAACCAAAUCCUGUGAUAAAUUCCACAGAAAAUUCAUCAAACAAUUUCACUAACUUAUCGAAUAUUCAAUUAUUAACAACAUCAGAUUCAAUUUCUUUAUUGGAAUCUUACAUAACUGAUUCUUUUCAACAGUUGACAUUGAUCUCUAAUCAAUUAGGUUACAUUAAUUCUCCCAAAACUAAUCAAAGUUUAACAAUAAUGUCUACUUCAUCUACUCGUCCACCAAGAGUUCCUGCGAAUCCAAAUUUAGCGUCUGCAGUUCGUGGUACUGGUAAUAGUCAUAUUAAUGAUGGUUUAAGUCGAUUACGUGUAGGAAGCGCAGCAUCUAGAGAGUCUUCUUAUUCUCCACCGGCUGAUAGGAAACCUGCAACAACACGACGCACAAUCAAACCUACAUAUGGCGUUAAAGCUGAUGAGGUGAAUGCAGCACUGCUACGUAAACUUGAAAAAGCUACCUCUAGUUUUAAUGGUCCAGAUUUUGAAGAUGAUACUGGUGGGGGGUCUUCAGACAAUGAUGUAUUUGAUACAGAAGACGAUGGAUGUGCAUUGAAACAUGAUGAAGGCAUCAUUUUGUUGGCCACUUCAUCAUCUCUGUUGUCUCCAGAAUCACCAGUUUAUGGAAAUGAGGCUGGUGCUGGAGAUCUAUUGCCUACAUCAUCUUCUUCAGUCAAAUCUCCUGUAAACCAAUUACUUAAGGCACUUACUUCUGGCAGUCGUUUGGUUACAUUGAAACCAAUUUCAAAGCAUGAAUUAUGUCAAAAACAAGUUCCAACGGCAAGCACGGCCACUCAGACCAAUGACAUACGUCUUGUUUGUGAACGAUGUUCAAACUAUUUCUCGUUGGAUACAGAACAGGCUCCUUCAUCAUCUACUUGUAUAAUUAAUAAGAGGGAAGAAAAGCAACAGCCAUCUUUGUAUAGACUCAGUUUAUUCACUAGUGUGAUAGAAUAUAUGCCUUAUCUAAUACCAUUAUCUCGUGGUGUUCCAUUAAGACGUAUGCGUUCUACUACAACUAGUAACAAUCCAUUAGUUUUCGGUGCUAAUUCACCUAGAUUUCGUUGGCCAAUAGAUGGUGAAUUUGUGGAUUGUACUGAAACUUUACCGGAUCAUCCUGCAGCUGUAUUUACUGUUUGCAUUAUUUGCGAUGGAUAUACUGCAACAAAUGUUAGGUUUACUAAGAGAGUAGAAUAUUUCAGUCCUCCAUGCAAAGCAUCAGUUAUCGUUUGUGGUCCAUUUACUUUCAAGUCAUGUUCUAACAUAAAGUCAGGCAAUUAUUUAAGAAGGCUGGAUAAUUCCAAUGACGUAACAAAUACUAAUACUAAAAGUAAUAACCUACAUAAUGGAUCAAUGAAAAAUUGUUUGAAUUCCAACAAUGAAAUUGAUGGGGAAGAGAAUAACAAAAUAAAUGAAAAUAAUGAAGAUGAGGAUUCUGAGUGUGAAACAGUUGGUCGACGUCUCCGACGACAACUUCGUCGUACACAAAAAACACAAGAGAUAAAUGCAGCUACUGUCGCUUGUGCAAUACGACAAAAUGCAAUGAUAGAUGGAUCUAUGACGUACCAACAAAACGAGAAUCAUAUGAUGAAUACUGUUAAUACAUCUGCUAAUGAUAAUAAUAAUAAUAAUACUAUUAAUGGUAACGGUAUUGAUAAUCAUUAUGCCAGUAAAUUAGUUAACAAUAAUACUGAUUCACUGACACAAGACACUCAAGAUCAAGCUACCUCGAGAUUAGCUGUUGCCAGACAACGUGCCAAACGAUUUAUCGAACUUAGGAAACUUAGCGUUACUGAAAGUUUAAAUGAGAAUUUAUUAUUAAGACAAGAGGCUGAGUCUCCUGAAGAAGAAGACG